CUUCAGAGCAGCUAGUUUGCUAACUUAGCAGCCUGAACAACAACAACAAAAAAAAAAACCCCAACAACGCGGAACUACCACAGAGCCGCGGAGGGACAGCUGAAUAUGGCAGAGCAUGAACCGCAGCAAGGAGACCAGGACCUUGAGAAGAAAAUAGUGGAGAUCAGGCAGAGAUUCAAGAAUGAGUUACUCAAAGACUCAACAGAUAAGUAUGACCCCAGGGAUGUGGAGAGGAUUGAGCAGGACAAUGCUCUGGUGGAAGCCUACCUCACAUGGAGAAUGUAUGUUGUUGAUGACACCUUGAAGAUGAUAGAUGAAAGUCUACUAUGGAGAAAAGAGUUUGGGAUAAAUGACGUGAGUGAGAGCACCAUUCCCAGGUGGAUGUUUGAGAGCGGUGCCAUCUUCCUCCAUGGCUACGACAGAGAAGGCAACAAACUCUUCUGGUUUAAGGUGAAGCUGCACAUCAAGGAUGCAAAAACAGUCGUGGACAAGAAGAAGUACGUCGCCUUCUGGCUGGAGCAGUAUGCAAAGAAGGAGCCCGGGAUGCCUCUCACCGUAGUGUUUGAUAUGACGGAGUCUGGCUUUAGCAAUAUUGACAUGGACUUUGUAAAGUAUGUCAUCAAUUGCUUCAAAGUAUACUAUCCAAAGUUUUUAUCUAAAAUGAUCAUAGUGGAAAUGCCUUGGAUCAUGAACGCUGCAUGGAAGAUUGUGAAGUCCUGGUUGGGUCCAGAAGCCAUUGCAAAGCUGAAGUUUGCAAGCAAAGCUGAGGUUCACACAUAUAUUGGUGCAGAGUACCUGCCGCCUCACCUGGGUGGAUCGGACCAGUUCAAGUACACAUACCCGCCUCUUCCAGACGAUGACUUCCAAACCCCGCUGUGUGAGAACGGGCCGAUGGCCAGCGAUGAUGACGCCGAGAGCAAAGAGGGUGAAAUGGAGAGCAGAGACACCCUCGAGUCCAGCUUCAACUCCGAGAUCGUGGCAAAGCCUAAAAAGGUGAAUUUUCUAGAAGAAAGCUUAAGGUCAGAGGAUGGUGAAAGAGACACAAACGUGAGAGUGAAAGGAGUCAGGAAGCCACUCACCACCUUCAAAGGUCUUCUGCUAGAUGUUAGUCCUUCUGAGGAGCUCAGCUUUGGUUCCGGUGAGAACGAGAAGAAAUGCCUUAUUAUUCUGAGCAAUGUCACCAAAAAUCAGGUGGCUUUUAAGGUUCGUACCACGGCGCCCGAGAAGUACCGAGUGAAGCCCAGCAGCAGCCGCUGUGAACCAGGGGCCUCGGUGGACAUAGUGGUGUCCUUGCAUGGAGGAUCCCUGGCCUCUCCACAAGACAGAUUUUUGAUCAUGGCUGCAGAAAUGGAAAAUGCUGGAUCACAGGAACUCACUCAGUUCUGGAAGGAAGUCCAAAAAAACAAGAUCAUGGAGCACCGAUUGCGUUGUCAUGUUCUGGACAGUGUUAAGUCAGCAGCCGCCCCUCAUAGGGACAGCCUGGGGGAGCCAUCGACCAAUGGGCAGCAGGAGUUAAGCACGGCGCUUAUGCGAGUGAUGGCCUGCAACUCUCGACUGGAGCAGAAAAUGAACUCAUGUCUGUGGGUGCAGAAGGUUCUCACUGGGCUGGUGCUGGUCCUGCUAGCGCUGAACCUGCUGUGUCUCUACCUGCUGGGUACGGCUCAGCGACCGAGCUGACCUGCCGCCGGCCCCUCCACCUGCGUAUGUCAGCCCUCCAGGAGGCGCUGACGGCUCCAGCCGGGCCACAGUUGACCACUUGAUGGGACGCUGGUCCUCUGCUAAACCCGCCCAUGUCCCACUGGCUGCCGCCCUGAAGAGUAGCAGAGCUGACUAUCGAGACAUGUCGGCCCACGUGGAGCUAAGAGAUUGUUCUGCUGCCUACUAGGUUAAUGUAACGGAUUGAUAGAUUCUGUUGUGGCUGAUCAUGAAAACAUAAUUUAAAUUAAUAACAUUUAUUAGAAUUUGUUGGAAAGAUUAGUCAUAUUAAGGAUUAUGUAGAGCUUUUUUUUGUAAUUUGUGAAUCUACAAAAAAUUUAUUUAAACCAACAUAUUAUAAAAUAAACCCUUUUUAUUCAA